AUGGUGACAUACCACGACUCGUCGGCGGUGACUGGACGCAGGGCAGUGACGUUAGACCUUAAGGUGAUUGAUCAGUGCAACGCUACGGCAGUGGGAGCGGUGAUACAGCAGACACUGUGCAAAGUCGGCAGGUCAUUCGAGGACGUAGCUACGAUUGUGACGGACUCAGCCUCCUACAUGUCGAAGCUGCAUACCGAUCUCAAAGAGUCAUACUCAGAGUACAGAGCACUUCACAUAAAAGACCCUUGCCACCUUUUGAACAACGCUCAUGGGCACGCUCUUCGCAUGGACUCUUUCAAAACUGCACAUGAGUUUGUCGUUCACGUGCCCGCGAUGCUGAAAGCUUCUCGUGGACUCAGGCGAAAGUUCCAAAAGUUGUGCAAGGGCAUGGACAUUGAGCCGAAGUGCUUCUCUACGCUCGACAUACCAGCUAAGGUACGCGCUAAGGUACGCGCUAAGGUACGCGCUAAGGUACGCGCCAAGACACCAGCCAAGACACCAGCCAAGACACCAGCCAAGACACCAGCCAAGACACCAGCCAAGACACCAGCCAAGACACCAGCCAAGACACCAGCCAAGACACCAGCCAAGACACCAGCCAAGACACCAGCCAAGACACCAGCCAAGACACCAGCCACGACACCAGCCACGACACCAGCCACGACACCAGCCACGACACCAGCCACGACACCAGCCACGACACCAGCCACGACACCAGCCACGACACCAGCCACGACACCAGCCACGACACCAGCCACGACACCAGCCACGACACCAGCCACGACAGCAGCCACGACACCAGCCACGACACCAGCCACGACACCAGCCACGACACCAGCCACGACACCAGCCACGACACCAGCCACGACACCAGCCACGACACCAGCCACGACACCAGCCAAGACACCAGCCAAGAGACCAGCCAAGGCACCAGCUAAAUCUCGACUCAUGUUAGAGAACCCUCUGCUGCUGGGCAAAAAUUAA